CGGAGACAGCGGGUCUGGCGCUUGGCGUCGUCUCGCUCGGCAUCCAAGUGUGCAAAGGGCUCAUCUCCUACGCCGACGCCGUGCGCGGGAAGAGUGGCGACCUGGUAUCGCUUGGUCGCAAGACAAAGGCGCUGGCGAGCACUCUCACGGUAGUCGGCACCACACUCGAGCGGAUCCGGACGGAGAGAGCGUUGGCAACCGCGACGACAACGACAUCUUUACUUGCCGUAAUGAGCGACUCUCUGCUGGCUUGUCGGGCUGAUCUCGAAGAGCUGCUUGGUUUCGUUACCAAGUAUGCAAACGUCGGCUCCGCUUCAGGCCCGCAUGUCAAAGACGCCUACAAGACCUUCAAGUAUGGAUUCCGCAAGAAUGAGCUGGCGGAAAUAGAACGCAAACUGGCGACCGUCAACUCUGCUUUGAUCCUUGGCUUGCAGACUUUGAACCUUGACCUAGUUCUGGGACAAACUGCGGUCGCAACAACUAUGCACGAGGAGCUCAAUCAAUUACCAAGGAGACUAGAUCACCUGGAAACAUCAACGUCGACAAUCGACCUUGGCACAGCUCAAACACUACAACAACUGGAGACUCUGCAGCAGAGCGUCAACGACAUGCAAUCACAUUUGCCCAAGAGCCUCCAUACUGGAUUCAUGACGGUGCAAGAACACAUCGAAAGAUCCUCGUUGAACAUGAUUGAACACGUCACCGCACUAUCCACGCAGCUGGAUACCCUACGCGUAGUACACACGGAUUCCGUGACGGCCGAGCUCCGAGCCAUGAGGCAGGCUGCGCUAGCACAGGCCGAGUCCUUCACCGCAUUGACUACGCGCUUGGAAAGUCUUGAACCUGUCCCAAACCAGCGCGAAUCAGUGCGCCGACUUGUCGAGCGGCCAGAUAUGCUUCGUGAUGCCCUAGCAGGCAGACCCCGACAGCCUUAUCUGAUGUCAACAGCCUUUCUGUUUAGUGGUAUGCCAGCAGUGGGCUGCAGUUGCGAGGAGUAUAUGGCAUCGUCAACGUGGUCAACCAGAGUCGGCACAUCCACCUUCUCCAUUACGAACACAGAAACUGUCCAGCACUACCCGAAAUGCCGCCUUGCCAGCUCUGGAGCGAAGAAGAAGCGUGCCAGCCGCUUGUUCAGGGCUAAAGUCACGUGGUUUAAUACAGUCGUCGAUUUUGCCCUAAAGGCGGCGUACUCGCAACGCCACGGCGCCGGUGGAUUCAGCAUCAGUCCAUGGCUAGCCUCCUAUUCGGUUGUAGAUCGUAAGAAGUCACCAGCAUUUCAGGUCUUCGAAGUUCUGCACGAUCUUCACUUCUAUAACCGGGAGAUUGCGAUCUACCCGGAAACAAAAACGACAAUGCAACUCUUUGAAGACGUUGUGGAAUUGGUGAUUCGUAAGCUGAGACAAGUCUACGGCGCUCACAGGGCGAGUCCCAGCGACGUGGAUGCAAAUGGAAACACCGUGCUGCACAUCGCGAAUCCUCCGGUAAGUUUUGCUUCUACUAACCAAGAAUUCUGACAAUUAUCCCGGCCACUUAAAGGAUCGCCGCUCGCCUCCCAAUUUCCCAAGGACUGAAACUUUGUUAUAGGUAGACGGUAGAGAAUUGCAUGCUGAGAAGGCCCAACUGGUGAUUCUCGCGGAGCUAACCCGGCAUCUUGGAGUGCCCAUUGCCCAGAAAAAUGACUUGGGCCUUUUGGCGCUUCAUGAUGCGCUUCGAGGAGACUCAGUCCACCGCU